AUGGCACACCACUUAUUUGGAAAGAAGAAAAAGCCCAAGAAUCCGAUCGACGUCAACCCUCCUGUUCCAUACUCAAGCGUAAAACCGCCGGCGGUGCAGUCACCAGGUUAUACCUCUCACUUAGUGUCUAGUAAUGUCUACCCAGGGUACUCUCAAUAUGUACAACCAACACAUUCGAAUUCUCCACCACCGUCACGACAAAACACACAGCCAUAUCAAGGUGUAUCCUCCUUUCCACAACCUCAACCAUAUCAAUCACCGCCUAUUGCUCCACAGCAGUCUACGUAUUAUCCUGAGCAUCUGAGACGAGGUUCCGUAGAGCACAAUACGUAUAAUGAUGGAGGGUCAUAUCCAUUUCCUGAUGUCGGUACUACGUCGAAACAUUCGUCUGAUGGUUCAGUGUGGUCAUCUGGGAGUGAUGCACGGAAUAGCAAUGAUGGUAAAGAUAUGGGUCAUGCGAAGCACCGUAGUUUUCAAAGACAGGAUUCGCUCGCCACGCCCUCUGAUGCUGAGAUUGAGCGCAUGUUCUUGGAAUUAAUGAAUAAUCGAGAUUUGAAGAACUUGUCCGAGGCGCAACGGAAACAGAUGUUAGCAAUAUCUACGGAUAAGAAAUGGGUGCUAGUCAAGCAAGAUAUGUUGCAAAAACCAACGCAGAUUGGCCAUCAUCAAGAUAAAAAAGCACCUGAAUAUUAUAUCAGAAAGAUAAUGGAGAAUGCAGCCACUGUCAAAAUGAUGAACUCGCUCAGUGUCUCACUAAGAACAGCUCCCAUUACGUGGGUGAAAUUGUUUAUUGAAGCAAAGGGAACCGAAGUACUGGCGAACUUACUCAACACAAUCACGCGAAAAGCCGUAAAGCGGGAGGGCGAUCUACAAAUGGAAUAUGAAAUUGUCAAAUGUUUCAAAGCACUACUCAACAAUAAAUAUGGCGCUCAGGAAACCCUAACACAUCCGCUCUGUGUAUACGCGCUUACCUUCUCAAUUGCUUCUCCUCAAAUAACAACACGAAAAUUAGUGGCAGAAAUACUUUCGUUUAUAUGUAUUUAUGAUAAAGUUGAAGGACAUCCGCUUGUACUCCAGGGAUUCGAUCAACUAGCAAAGUUCCAAGCCGAACAAGGUAGAUUUGACGUUUGGAUUAGAAUGUUGGAGAAUGCAAUCGAUGGAAGAGGACGAAUGGGCAGCUUGGUCAACGCUAGCGACGAAUUCAGAAAAGGAGGCAUCGGUUUUGACAGUACAUUGAUGGAUUAUGCGGUUGCAUCUAUGAUUUUGGUGAACGCAAUAAUUGGUGUUUGUGAUGAUGUGGAGCGUCGCGUUGACCUACGCAAUCAACUUCAUGCGUGCGGAUUGUCCCGCAUUAUCGAAGGAACAAAAGCAUACGACUUCUUCUUGUCAGCAAUGCAGCAUAUGUUGCUAAUUAGAGAAGAUGGAGAGACAAGGACACGAUACUUUCAGUUAAUAGAUUCACUGAUUUCGCAGGUUGUUCUCGACAGAAGGGGUGGUGGGCAAGAUUUGAGUCAGACACUAGGCGUGGCAGUCUCACAGGUGGUCAAUCAGCUAGCGGAUCAAGAAAGAUUGGAAGCCGCUCUAGAAGAGGCGAAAGAGGCUAAAUCAGUUGCCGAGAAAGCUCUAAAGGAUAAACAUGAUUUACAAAUGGAACUUUCAAGGGGUGCAGAUGGAAUGGUUGGUGAUCUAAAGGCGAAAGUCAAUUCAUUGGAACAGUUGCUCGUUAUGUCACGAAAUACCGUUGAUCUACUGCAAAAUACCCUUGCUGAUAUGGAAGCAAGUUACAAUGAGAAAUUACGUGAGCAAGAUAUGCAACUACGUGAGCUUGAGAAUACUUUGAACGAAUCAUAUCAAAAGGCCACUUCGGAUGAUACUUCUGUACUUGAUAAACAAGAAAUUAUUCAAAGAUUGGAGAGAAUGCAACAAAUUGCAAAGACAGAGGCCAGAUUGGAAGGACGCAAAGUCUGGACACCAGCAUGGGUUGGAGAUUUUAGAAUGCCCAAUCAUCAUGACUACAGAUUAAGCACAUCAACGACCGACACUGGCUAUAUGUCUGGUUCGCCCAGCAUAGUUUCGAGUGGACAGCCAAGCCAGCAGUUUGAUCAACAAUUUCCAAUUCCUCUAAACGAUUCGCGUCCAUCACCUGGUGGCUUCAGUGGUGGCUUCAGAUUGCCCGAUCAAGGUCCGCCACAAUUUCCAAGUGGUCUAUUGACUGCAAUUCAGCAACGCCGUCACGAUUCAGUAGAUGGUAUUGACAUGUCCGACAGCCACGAUAGCAUCCCAGCUGGCGAGGCCAUAGCAUCUCCUACGAGAAAGUCUUCGGUAUACAAUAACGGUAAACCAUCAUCUACGAAAACUGAUUCCGGACCAACCUCACCAACUGUUACAGAUGCCUUGCCAAUAAAGGACGUUUCAGACGCUGGCUCUGCUCUUCAGUCAUCCAAGACACCAACGACCGAAUCCAACAUUCCGUUACCACCGCCGCCUCCACCAGUGAAAGGUGUCAUUAAUGAAGCUAGUCAGGAAAGUACUCAAGUUGUUGUAAAUCGUCGAAAUGACCUUCCUAUUUCUGCAAAGAAAAAAUUAAAACAAUUGCAGUGGGAAAAGAUAAAUCAAUUGUCAAUUAACAAUACUAUUUGGAGCAAGCGUAUGUACGAAGAUGAACAACUCUUAAUGUUGCUUGGUGGUCAAGAUGGUGUGUUUAUGACGAUUGAGGAACUAUUUGCUGCUAGAGAGAUUGCGUUGAGAAAGAAGAAAGCCGAAAAAAAGCAAGAAAUCAGUGUGUUAGAUUCCAGACGUGCAUACAAUAUUAAUCUCAUUCUCGGCCGGUAUAAGACCAUGCCAUUUGAAGAAAUACAUAAAAAGAUUAUUGAAAUGGACGAACUGUUUUGCACUGAAAAUCUUCUGGGACAGUUUAUGCAAUAUAUUCCCACUGCGGAUGAGCGAGGAAAGCUGGCCGUGUAUAAGGAUGGUACAGAGGACGUUCUCGAAAACUUAGCUAGAGCCGAUAGGUUCUUCGUUGAGACUAUGAAAAUCCAUCGAUAUGAGCAACGACUUAAGUUUAUGUAUUUCUAUCGUACGUUUGAUGAAAGAUUUAAUGACCUUGAACAGGGCGUUACCAUCAUUUGGGAAGCUUCCAAAGCUCUUAAAAAGGCUACGCGAUUCAGGGAGUUGCUUGACCUCAUUUUACUUCUUGGCAACUAUAUGAAUGGAAGCGGCAUGAAGGGUGGGGCGUUCGGUUUUAAGAUUGCAAGCAUAAACAAGCUCGUAGACACUAAGGCAUCUACCAGUUCAUCAACGACUUUACUCCAUUUCCUAACAAGUAUUGUUGAUGAGCGACUACCAGAAGUCUAUACAUUUGUCGAUGAGCUCAAAGACUGUGGGCCUGCUUGUCGAGUCUCGUUACAAGAAUUAUCAACCGAGUACCGUACUAUGGGUAUUAAAUUAAACGAUCUUUCAGUGGAGCUUGAGAAACAUUUUAAUUCCGACGUUGAGCUUGAACCAAAUGACAGAUUCCCGAUGGUUAUUAGUGGCUUUAUUGAUAAAUCACGCGUUAAAUUCGAGAAGCUCAAAUUAGCAUAUACAUCUAUGGAAGUUGAAUAUAAGGCCAUUGUUGCAUUCUUUGGCGAAGAUCCAAACUCGACCAAGCCGGACGAGUUCUUUAGCAUAUUCAAAACCUUUACUGCCUCAUUCGAGAAAGCAAGAUUGGAUCUCAAGAAACAAAAGGACCUUGAAACUAGGAGGAAGAAGAGGGAAUCGGAGAUAUCUAAGAAGAAGGACGAAAACAAGAAACAAGGGACAGUUACCGAUGACAGUGAGGCGGAGCAACACCUUGUUGAUAAUAUCUUGGAAUCUCUAAAGAAUGGCAAAGAUCUUGGCACGAGAAACAGAAGGCAAAGAGCUGGCCGGGAACGUGUCGAGCGUAGUAUGUCAGUUGUACUGAAGGCUGAAGAUAUACUCAGUAGACUCAAAGAAGAAGCACCUCCGAUUCCAAAGAUGUCAGAGACAAUUCCAUCAGAAAUUACUGCUGAAUAG